AUGGGCCUGGAUGAGACAAUAGUUUCCUAUAAAGUGACUUUCUUCUUCACAUGCAUCCCAACAACUAAAGCUGUCAUUGUAGUGAAGAAACAACUACUACAGCACCGGACAGGCACUUUUGGGCGGGUUCACCUGGUGAGAGAGAAGGCUGCUAAAUGCUAUUUCGCAUUGAAAGUAAUGAGCAUUCCAGAUGUUAUUCGGCUAAAACAAGAACAACAUGUACACAAUGAAAAAUCUGUUUUGAAAGAAGUGAAUCAUCCAUUUCUAAUCAGAUUAUAUUGGACUAAUCACGAUGAUCGAUUUCUAUAUAUGUUGAUGGAAUAUGUACCUGGAGGUGAACUUUUUAGCUAUCUACGUAAUAUGGGACGCUUUAAUAACAGCACUGGACUAUUUUACUCUGCAGAGAUAAUUUGUGCAAUAGAAUACCUCCAUUCAAAAGAAAUUGUUUACAGAGACUUAAAACCAGAAAAUAUUUUAUUAGACAAAGAGGGGCAUAUCAAACUCACAGACUUUGGCUUUGCUAAAAAGCUUGUUGAUAGGGAUCUUAUUAAAAAGCUUCUUGUGGUUGACAGAACAAGACGACUAGGAAACAUGAAGAAUGGAGCUGAUGAUAUAAAGAGACACCGAUGGUUCAGGUCUAUAGACUGGGAUGCUGUACCUCAGAGGAAAUUAAAGCCUCCUAUAGUGCCGAAAGUAUCAAAUGAUGGCGAUACAUCUAAUUUCGAAGCUUACCCUGAAGAUGACUGGAACAAAAUACCACCAGUACCUCCUAAAGAUUUAGAAAUUUUCAAAAACUUCUAAAUGUGUGAUACAUCAAAUUAUUAAGGUAUUAGAUACUAGUCUUCCAAAAGCAUCAUAUUUAUUAACCAGUGUAUUUACAGUCUUAAUGUUAAAAUCUUUACAUUGUUGCAUGUAGUUAAUUUAUAAAAUCACACAUUGAUAUUUUAAAAUUAAAAAUAGAAGAAAAUGCCUUAAGACUCCAUGACUGCCUUUUAAUAAAAAUAUAAUAUUAAUAUAAUGUUCUGUAAUUAUUUUGGCAAUUAUGAAGACUACAUAGAUUUCUUGUAUAGACACAAUUGCAACUAUUAGAUGGCUUUUAUUUUGCACUUUUAUUGUAUAAAAAUAAGAAUAACUCUUUGCACAUGGCAAUUAAGGACCUAAAAUCUUAUUUUCUGAAUUUGAAGGAAAAAAGUUAAAUAUUUACGACAAUGGAAUACCAGUACAUUGAAUAUUUAUUUUUAUCUGUUUGCUAGAAAUUGAAAGAAGAUUGGUGUGAUAGGUGAAAACUGGAAAAGAAGAACGGAAAAUACUUCCAAAACUAUCUUGAAAAUGAAUAUUACUGCAUUAUGCAUAGAUUUUUUUUAAAAAAAAGACAUGUUAAAAGUUGAAAAAAUAGAUACUAUUUGGUAGUAUAGAAUUGGCAUCCAUUCAGUUAAAAAGAUACUGAAGCACCUACUCUGAUGUGUAAGAUACAGGGUUUCUAAAUUUGAAUUUAGUUUUGUUGUCUCCAAAUUUUAUUUGCAUACUUAUUUCAUACCCUAGUUGUAUAAGUUGAUACUAAAAUUGUCCUGUAAAGCACAACUUAGUGUAUAUUUAUAUAAAGAAAAUCAGUAAAUCUAAAGCACAGAAACUGUGCAGAAAUGUAAAUUUUUGUAUUUUACAGAGUUUAUGGUUUUUAUUCUUAAAUGUUUUCCAAGAUGCUGCCUAGAAGUAAAACAAAUCUUGAAAUGAUACAUGUUUCAGCAUCUUCUAUACAUUUUAUAAUUCUUUGUAAAAAGAAAAAUACAUAUAAGUUUUGAGAAAAUGGUAAAAUUUCCAGUGCUUUACACCUCCAGCCAUACAUCUUGAAAGCUGAAAAAUAAAAAAAACUUGCACAGCUUAUUGUACUAUUUCUCCUUUCAGUGUACAUUAUAUUUUCUUUUAAAAUUAUGUUAUAAUGAUGUGGGUAUAUAUCUUAAUUCUUCGUGAUUACGUACUAUAAUGAAACUAGUAUUAUUAAUGGGGUUAGAUUCUGUUACCUUUUCAGGUACUUGAAUGUCAUCA